AUGGUUGCCGUUUCAAAUUUGCUCAAUAGUGGAUUGUUAUUAGUUAGUCAAAACAUCUACCAAGAUGUUGCUACACCUCAAGAAAUGAAGGUCGAUGGGUAUAACAUCUUGAACUUCCUCGGAGGUCUGGGACCUUAUAUCAGCAGAGAGUCCUACGGCAUUGAUCCUGCCAUCCCGGAUGGAUGUACCGUUCAACAAGUGCAAUUGUUAUCCAGACAUGGUGAGAGAUACCCUUCAAAGAAUGUGGGGAAAAAGUUGGAAAAGAUUUACAAAAGAUUCCAAGACUACAAUGGUACAUUCACAGGUGACUUGUCCUUUUUGAACGACUAUGAGUACUUUGUUCCAGACACUACUCAAUAUGAAAAGGAGACAUCACCAAAGAAUUCCGAAGGUACAUUUGCCGGUACUACCGAUGCUUUGAGACAUGGGGCUACUUUUAGAGCCAAAUAUGGAUCAUUGUACCACGAAAACUCCACUUUGCCUGUCUUUUCAUCCAACUCAGGCCGUUGUUACGAAACGUCGAGAUAUUUUGCUAGAGGAUUUCUUGGUGACGAUUUCGAAGAGGGGAAGACAGUCAAGUUUAGUAUCAUUGACGAAGCAGCUACCUCAGGAGUCAACAGUUUGACACCCAGAAACUCGUGCCCAAACUACGAUGACUCAGCCAAAGAUGAUACUGUCGCCAAGUACAACACCAGCUACUUGCAAACCAUUGCUGAUAGAUUGAACAAACCCAACCCUGGAUUAAACUUAUCCGCUGAAGACGUCAACUCAUUUGUCAAUUGGUGUGCUUUUGAAAUCAAUGUUCGCGGAAGCUCACCUUUCUGUGAUUUAUUCACCAAUGAAGAGUACAUCAAAGCUUCAUACGCUAAUGACUUGUCAAACUACUACUCCAAUGGUCCAGGUAACAACUUCACAAAAACCAUUGGUUCUACUUUGUUGAAUGCUUCGUUGUCCUUGUUGAAAGAUGAAUCAGCUAGCAACAAAAUUUGGUUGUCAUUUACUCACGACACUGACUUAGAGAUUUACCACAGUGCAUUGGGAAUUUUGGAACCUUCAUCUGAUCUUCCAACCGACUACAUCCCAUUCCCCAACCCAUAUGUUCACUCGUCAAUUGUUCCUCAAGGCGCAAGAAUCUACACUGAAAAGUUCCAAUGUGGUGAUGACUCCUAUGUUAGGUACCUUGUCAACGAUGCUGUGGUCCCAAUUGAAAAAUGUGCCACUGGACCGGGAUUUUCAUGUAAACUUGAUGACUUUGAAGAUUACCUUAAUGAGAGAAUUGGAAAUAUUGACUUUGUUAAAGAAUGUGGUCUCAAUUCCUCAGUCCCACAAGAAGUCACCUUCUACCAAGAUUACAAUGAGAAAGUUUACAAUGCUACUUUAGGCGAUUUUUAG